AUGAACGCCGUCGAUGGCCCCACACAGCCCUAUGAGGGCCCGCGCCGCCAACAACGCCACCUUCAGGAUGCGCAGGCUAACGGGUAUCACUCCGUACCUGCUGCCGGGAAUUUCUUGAUGCCAGAUGCCCAAGGCACAUUUACUUUUUCCGCAGAGCCCACUUCUAUGGUAUACGACGGAACCAUGGUUGCGCUUCCGUCAUCUAGUACCCCCGGUCAAGACUCCAUCUUCACUCCAAAUGCUGGAUCCUCCUUCGACUCCUCACUACAUCCGGACAUGUCCUACCCUCCGCCGAAUGUCUACCACCAAACACAGAAUUAUAGUCUUUCUCCAGGAUCAUAUUACGGCAACAGUCAAGGCAUCUCACCAUCGCACUCGGUAGAACAUCUCAGCCCAGAAGCUGGAUACAUGAGCGACCCGAAUUAUCAAGAUCCUAGCAACUACACUACUCCAAACUUCAAUGGGAACGUCUUGGACGAGUUUUCUGGGCUUACCUUCACCGACAACGGCUCAAGCACCGCCUUCCCUACUUUUCAAGACAUGUCGCUUUUGACCACGGGUACUCUUAACACCUACAACGCUCAACGGGCGGUCCCUUCGACCAACGCCCCCUUGGACCCUCAUCACCAAUUGCUAUCACCCUGCAUGACGAAUAAUUCUAGUCCAGUGGUUGGUGACGACGGCUCAGUGUUCCCUACGAUGCACUACGCUAGCACGCUGUCCACACCCCCAAGCCACACAACCCAUCUCCAGCAUUCGACGCCAAUCAAACAAACGCAAAGCCCGGCAUUAACGAAUAGUCCUGGCAAUGUACCACUUGCAAAUCCUAGGCCUCUUGCGCGGCAUCUGACAAGCCCAAUCGUGCGCGUGGAGAACUACAGUAGGGAAGAGUCACCUACACGCUCGGAUAACAGUAGACCUGUCAGCAAACGAAGUCAUAGUAGCCGCCGAUCCGGCAACCAUCUAUCUCCUUAUCCGCAAAAUGAUUCGUCUGACGAGGAAGAGGAUGAACGUGAGCAAGUGCGCGUUCAACCCGUAGUACGAAGCCUUGAACGUAAUGACGAUGGCUCUUGGUUGAAGACAGGAGAUUCAGGUCAAGCUGGGCUGAGUCCCGACGACCGCCAGAUGAUAGGAGAUGUAAGGAUGUUGACCAUAGAAGAGAUUGCAGAGCAACGAUCGAAACGCGAGAAGAAUUCCGAAGUCCAAGAAUGGCUCACCAAGAGCGAGGUCGGUAGUGAAGCUGGUGAUGUUGGUCCCUCAAAUAACUUUUUAAAGCCCAUCACUGGUCGUCGUCGAGCGAAGAGUACGAAUGACGUCCAUCGUCGAGGUCCGCAGGGUAAUUUUGGCCUCGGUGUGCGCACCGAUUUCGAUCACAUUGACGACUCUGCUAUUCCUGGACCUGGCCUUUACAUAGACGAGCGAAGUGACUACGACGAAGACGAGGACGAGGAUUAUCCAGAGCCAGAGUCCCCUCCUGCCGCAAUCGACAUUCAGGCCAGCCACGCCGAUACCUCCUACUUUCCUCCUGCUAAAGACUCCAUUUCCAUUAGUGGUGCUAUCGUCCGACCCUGGGUGGAUGUGCCGUCACAGUCUGCCAAUUCAGUAACUCAUUAUCAACCACCUACCUCAAAUGCUGCCAUGAUGCGUUUCCGAAGGCGGGCCAAAGACGUGGAAUUAGCAUCGCUUGCCGCUACCGUUGGAUCACGCCGACUAAGUGAAUCGGAUCUUGGGAGUAUUCGCGCUUCACCUGGCAUCUCUAGGCUAAUCGAACCUGACCCGAAGAAGCAUAAGGAGAGGCAGCGCCGUCCCAGCUUCCUGGAUAACAUCCUUCCCAAGCGCACACCAAGCAAUCUGCUCAAGCGCAAAGGUAGCAUACCUGUACAGCAGCAAUCGGACACGGCUUCUGAGAAAUCCAAAGACCCUGUCAUUGAGAAGCCCAAGCGUAUUGGAAGCUGGGGCCGGCCGAAGUCCCCCAGAGUUGAUACCAACCUCAGCAACCACAGUAGGGAUGCAGGGCCUCUUAGCUCCACAGGCUUAUCAGCAAAUUCGGGGCCGUGGUACCAGGGGGCUAGGAAUGUUAUCAAACGUAGUCGCAGUAGGAGCGAUCUGGGUAGAUCCCCUGGACUCGCUGAAUUAAUGACGCAGCACGGAGGUCCACCUAUGCCUAUGCUUGCUUCGCCACUGGCAGAUACAGAAGCAACAAAACCUUCCGCACAGCCUAGCCCUGCUGGAGAUGAUGAGGAUGAUGAGCAGGAGGCUGUGACCAUGGAUCUCAAGAUCCGCACCGACCCCAUCAUACCGACGUACGAAGGCUUCAGGACCCAUACCCGACAGCUUAACCCACGCUUGGCUGACUUCAUGGUCGAACGGAUUACCCAAGAACAAAUGCGAAGGUACAAGAGGCUUUUGGAGUUCAAGGUCAAACAUCUGAAUGCCGUCAAGAGCAAGAAUUGCUCGUCUGGGACAUUUUGCCCGGAGCUUGGCGGCGAAGCGAAAUCACUCCCCCCGCGAGCAGGGAACAAGGACGCUGAUGCACCUUUCAUUGGCUUUCAGAUAACUGCUCCUGGCUCAUCUGAUGACGAUGGUGAGCCGCCGCCAGAAGGAACUGUCGUGUCUGCCCAGUUCCCGUCCGGUGUACCCCUACCUCCUGUCAAACGCCUUCCUGCAGAAUUCGAAUGUCCCUUGUGUUUCAAGGUCAAGAAGUUCUAUAAGCCAUCAGAUUGGACGAAGCAUGUUCACGAGGAUGUUCAACCGUUCACUUGUACCUUCCCUAAUUGUGGCGAACCCAAGUCAUUCAAGCGCAAGGCUGACUGGGUUCGACAUGAGAACGAGCGGCAUCGACAACUGGAAAAUUGGACCUGCCAAAUAGCUGAUUGCAGUCAUACAUGUUACCGCAAGGAUAAUUUUGUGCAGCAUCUCGUUCGAGAGCAUAAGAUUGCCGAGCCACGGCAACGCACUGGUCGAGCUAGCAACAAGGAUGCGCCCGCCAGCGUUGAUCCAGACAACAUUUGGGCUAUUGUGGAGAAAUGUCGCCGCGAUACUACCAAGCAACCAAAGGACGAGCCCUGCCGAUUCUGCGGUAAUAUUUGCAACAGCUGGAAAAAGUUGACUGUCCACUUGGCGAAGCACAUGGAGCAGAUCAGUAUGCCUAUACUUCCGCUCGUCGACCAGAAACAACUCAACGCCGAUAGUAUCAUAAGCCCUGUUGUAGAAAUACCGGAAAGUCGCAAGCUUUCCAUUACCCCUAACAGGUCACCCAUCGAUAAUAUGUCGCGAUACAACCCCAACUCAACCCUCGCACCCGGUAUCGAUCCAUCUGCUUUAUACCCUCAUGAUACGAAGCCCGAGGCUGCAUCCAGUGUGAUGCACACUUAUCCUCCACCACAGAUGGCACCGUACAAGAAUCAACAACCGGCGCAGAUGAACGGAUAUGCCAACUAUGCCGCGAAUAGCGGGCAAAACUAUCCCAACCAGACAUAUCCAGGACUCCAAGAACCUCCAAAGCUACGCAGUGGCUACGACGAUGGACUACAGAUUCCCAACCAGCCAUUACACAAUGGUAACAUACAGAACACUGUCACUCAAUACGGUAUGAGCCCAGUAUCUGCAGUCCAACAACAACAAACUAUAUAUACCGACUCCCCUGUCGACACGGCAGCUUUCCCUUCCUACUACACGCAGGAACCACAGAAUUUGACGAACGACAUGUCCACCAUGGGCUACGACAACACCAAUGCAAUGCAGUACCAGCAGCACGGCACGUAUCCGGCUAUGUCGUACCUGACGACUCAACACAACAACUAUCAAUACCAGAGGCAAUAG